CGGAAUUACGAAUGAAUGCUAAUACGACGACAGAAAAGAAUGGUAUAACAAAGAUGAUUGAUAUGUUUGAAGACGAAACAACUUCAAGCGGGAAUCUGAAAGUUUCAAAUGAAACGAAUUUCAAACGACAUCACUCAGAGCCAAGCGACGAAUACCAUAUCGAUGCUGAUCAAAAAACCUUACAUGUUACUCGAAAACACAUGCCUUUAAAACGGGAGAGAAGUGUGAGCCAGGGAGAUCCAAGUGGUGCUUCAUCAUCUGACAAGAACAAUAAUAAUAAUGAAAUUCCAACGUUUAAUACUCUGUCUAAUAAGCCUACUCAUCGUAUCGCCGGGAAUCCUACAUCAGCUCAGUGGAAGCUAUACAAUAUAGCAAUGGAAACGUAUCGUAAAUCAGCAGAGAAAAAUGGCCCACAAAAAUUAAGGACAAGCUCAGACGCAUCAGAAAACACAGAUGAAGGCUCGGGAUUUAAAGUGAUACCUGCUAGUAAAACAUCUUCUCACGUCUCUUUACCCAGAAGUAGUGGGGUUGUAAGCUUAUCUGGUUCUUCCGUUGGAACAGAAGCAAUUUCUGGUGUUGAAAAUAAAUCAGAACAAUCGUUUGGUCCAAUUUGUCCUGCAGAUCAACAAAAACCAUCAUCUCCUAUGCAUAAUGCAUUGGAUUAUAAAACAAUUUUACGAAGAACUCGGAGCAAACGACAAGCUUCGAGAACGCUCGUAAAUCCAAUUAUUCUUCAAGAUAUUCAGGAUAAUAUUUAUUCUGAUGAUGAAAACCCAGACACUGUAACAGAUAUUGAUUCUUUCUUAUGUUUCGAUUCUGAAGAAAGCAAUUCAAAAAAAGACUUUCAGCCUUCAUCUCAUAAAAUCAAAAUUGAUUCGACUGAUGGUGAUGUAAUGAAAAGAAGUAGCUUGGGUCGAACAGCCUGUAAAGUUGAAUCAAAAACGCCUGAAGUAAUUGUUUGGUCAGGCUUGAAAGUUCUAGCAGAGAAAAAGAAGCUCAGCUUACAGGCUGCUAAGAGUAAUGUACUCACUCGACUACAGAAAAUGAGUUUAAAAAGCGGUUCUGUGUUUUCUGCAUUCGAAAACGAACAAAAGGAAUACAAUUUACGUAAAAACGCAAUCAUAACGAAGCGUAAUAAAUCUGUUAUUCACCAUCCUACACAGAAUUAUAUUUAUCUUGAUCCAGCUUCCCAUAAUGGUUGUAAUAUGACGUCAUCAUUCGGACAAUAUCACACUGUCGCCAGUCCCGCAAGGUUAGCUAGAAUGCGAAAAAAGAGUUUAGCAGAUUGUCAAGUAUCUGCUUCAACAAAUCGGCAAUUUUGGCAACUUGAAGAAAUACGAAAUACAUCGAGCGAUACAAAGAUUUCUAGAAGUAAAGCUUGGAAAGAAAAGAAAAGCAUGUCCGUUGCUUGCAAUAACCAACAGACAGUGGUGAAUUCAGAUCAUUUACACGAAGAUGCAAGAAUGAAUAAACGAUUAAGCGUAUCUCUAUCUGAUUUAACUAUCUGCCCCGAAAAUAAAUCUUUUAUGCCAAAUAACACUAGCGUCAAUAACAAUAAUAAUUUUUUACAAUUGCCAAAGCAAUCUCCAUUAAGACGAGGGAAAGACCAAGCUAAUUCGAUCAAAAGACCUGAUAAUCUUGUAAUUGACUUGAACAAUGGAACUUGUAACAUUUCAAAAUCUUCAGCAAAUAGAAGGCUAUCUACAAGACUCUCAAACAAUCGUAAUCCUCCGAAAUUAUCGAUGCCAAAAAAUUUUAAUAUUAAUAUUUCCCCUGUCAUGGGUAAAAAGAAACUUCAAAAACAGUUGCCUGGUAUUGAAGAGAAUAGUGUUUUACUUAAUAAACAAAAGGAACUAUCCUCGAGUAUUGAAACUGAUUUAAAUACUUUCAGACAGUCGCCAAAGCAUAAAGACAAAUUAAAACUUACUAAAAAGAAGUCGUACACUUUUGCUUCUGAUCCUUUCGAAGGAGCUUUGAGUGAAGAUAUGUCAAAAUUAGACUGGAACAUUGAAGAAUAUUUCUCUUUUCUGUCUGGGAAAAAAUCGAAAACAAAUUCACCAUGUUCAGAAAAUUCUGUUACUUUACUUUCCGUUAACAAAUCAGCACAGGAUUUUGAAGUUGAUAAAGUUGAACCAUUAUCUUACAACCCAAUUUUUGAAAAUCUCACGGAGUCCUCACCAGAGAAAAAAACAGACACAGUAAAACGAAGGCGAAGGAAAAACAUUGAGUCAAAUAAUAUACCGUCGUACAUACCAGACUAUAUGAAGCCUGCUUACAGAAAUGCUCUUCAGCAAAGCAAUGCCCGUUAUCAGCUAAAUAUUCUUGAUAAAUCUGGUCCUGAUGAAAACACUUUCCAAAGUAUGGAGACAUUUAUAAAAAGACCUUCGGUGCAAAAAUGCAGGCGAAACUCUGUGGUGGGCCAAUCAAGAACAUGGAGCGGACGUGUAUCAGAACGAAAUAAAUCUAAAUCCAAAGUGAAAUUUGGAUCUCUAUCAAUAGCAAGGCUAUUGAAAGCUAACAGAUUAAAAUUAACAAUAGCUAAAAUGCAAAGGCCUCCUCCACCAUCAUCACCGAGACCUACAGCAGCCCCUCAGAACCAGAACCAUGUCCAAUCGUCCAAUCAACCUGGACAUAAUUCGAAUCUUUCCUUGUCUACUACCAAUAUCAAGGGUGGAAUGAUGCAGGAAGAAUCGAAGAAAGACAAGAAAAAGAAGAAGGGAAAGAAAGGAAAAUUAACGAAAGCAGAUAUCAGUCAACCACAAGAUUUCAAGCAUGUUGGCCACGUUGGAUGGGAUCCUAACAAAGGAUUUGAUAUGAAUGAAGUUGAUCCAGCAUUGAAGGAUUUAUUCACUCAUGCUGGAAUCAGUGAAACACAGUUGCAAGACAAAGAAACUGCACAAUUUAUUUAUGAUUUCAUUGAAAAACGUGGUGGAAUGGAUGCCAUCAAGCAGCAAACACGAACUGGACCACCACCACCCCCACCCUCUCGUGGUGGGGGUAGAGGUUCUGCACCCCCACCGCCACCAUCCAGAGGAGGUCCACCACCCCCUCCGCCAAGUCGAAAUCAGGGCCCCCCACCCCCUCCAUCAAGGGGUUAUAAUCCACCCUCUCAUCGUUCUGAACUGCCCCCUCCCCCACCCAGUAAUAGGGGUCGAGGAGCACCACCUCCACCACCUAUGGGGGCACCUCCACCACCCAUGAGUGCGCCCUAUCCACCAAUGGGCGGCGCCCCACCGCCACCUCCUCCACCACCCCCGGCACCAAUGGCACCACCACCCCCUCCUAUGCCCACUGGCGGAGGUUCCGACCGCUCCGAUUUGCUCUCAGCAAUUCGAGGGGGCACCAAUUUGAAAGCUCCAUCUGCCGCACCUCCUCCGGAACCUGCCACAGGACGUGGUGCAUUACUUGAUCAAAUUAGGCAAGGAAAACAGUUGAAAACAGUUUCUCAGGAUGAAAUGAGAGACAAACCAACGGAAGAUGAGGAUGACGGUGGAAUCGCUGGUGCUCUGGCUAGAGCCUUAAUGCAGAGAGAAAAAGCAAUUCAUGAUUCUGACUCUGAAUCUGAUGAUGGUGAAUUUAAUGAUGACGAGGACUGGGAUGAUUAAAAAAGAAGAGGGCCAGCACGAAAAUAUCCCAUCGUUUGCUAUGCAUCGUGUGGAGCAGGUUGUUGUCUGCUUAAUAAUGGGUUCGACCAUUUGAUAAAUUGUAACAACAUAAUUAGAAUAAUCAUAUUAUCCAGCCACGUUUCGAAUGUAUCGGUGAGACACUGUAUAGAAGAAUGAACAGUGAGAAAAUGUAGUUGACUAUGACAAUCUUCUGCUUGCAGGUCUAAUGUAUUAAAUAUUUCGAAACAUUAUUUUUGUGAUUGCUGCUUCAUAUAUAAUUCUAAUAUGGGCUGACAUACAAGCACAAAAAUUAUUCCAAAUAAUGCCAUUUUGUAUUUUCUGAAUAUUUUAAUAAUCUUCAAGCAUGCUGAAUCUUUAGCAUUGCGCAACGUCAAAUUUUACCCGAAAUAAUUUGACUUAUAUCAUGAUUUGAUUGCAACAAAGUUCAAAUUUUUAUUUAAAAAGAAAAAUUAGGCUAGAAAUAUGUUUCAAUUACAAAAAAUACCACCAAAUUACUAACUGCAAAACUACCAGAAAACUUCCCAAAAAUUUGGGCAUCUACUCACAUGUCAGUGGCUGCUAGCCUACAACCUUGGUUGGAGCAUAGGUAUAAAAAGACCAAUAAAUAUUACUAUUACGAUCAUAUAUUGUAGUUUUGCAAACGUGUAUGGAUUAUAGUAACAGAAUAUCUAGUCAGUUUCUGCAAAUCAAAUUCACUCUGUGUUUGCAUAUCUAUUUCAGCCACCUUCCAUCCCCCUUGUGCUUGCUUUAUCGAAUAUUUUAUGCCUGUAAUCCUAAAACAAUAGAAGAAUUGAUAAUUUACUCAAAUAUAUAUGUUCCACAGUUUGGUUAUUAAUAACUUAUAUCCCUAAUAAUCAAUAUUUAAGCAAUUAAUAUUUUACUUAAUUAGUUUUCAUAUUCAGAAUCAGAUUAAAUUAAAUGUUUGUGUUUUCGUUUUGCAACUUUUUUAUUGUAUCAAAAAUUAUUGUGAAUGCGUUGAAAAGUUUUUUAGUGAUUUGUUUAUAAAUUUCUCAAAUGUGAAAUAAAUUUUGCUGGCCUUAAUAUUGGCAGUGAUGGAAUUCGAAAUUUUAAGAUUGGGUCAUGUCACUAUCACUACGUAAGCUAUGCUUUACAUAAAUCUAAUACAUAACAAUCAAAACGCUAAAUAUAAUGCUCUAGUCGUCAAGCUGUUACUAGUAGCGGCGGCAGUCAAAUGCCUAGAACAAAAUUCCUUUAUCAGCUAUAUAUGAUGAAGGCAGAAAUUUUUGCAUAGUCUUCCAUUUAUAGAAUUAUGUCAUUUCGGAUGUAUGAAACUCCAUUUCAUGCUUUGACUUGAAGAUUCCACUAUGAUACAUUGACUCUACUUUGAUAUCCUAUUAAUUAGAAUUGUUAUUUAUUAUCGUUUUUGUGUAUUUCUGAUAUUCUUAUUAUCCAGCUUUAUUGUUACAAAUUUACUAUACAUUCAAAUUGAAAUAAAAUUUGCCACAGAA